GGCAUAAAAUGGGAAGCAUUGAAAACUACGUCACUCUUCUCCAAAGAAUCAGCCUCGAGGCAUAUGAAGAGUACCUGAGUCUCAGAGGAGCAAACGACUUCAAUAUUGAAGACCUUCUUGAAAAUAAAUGUCCACACUGUGAACCCACCAAUGAGUCUAAACAGAGACCUCCUACACAUGAUGUAUCUGCAUGUUUACAUCUAUUUCUGUUAGGUGCAAAAAUCAUAUCCGAGGACCACACUAACAUUGUCGACAACAUCAAAGGCCCCCAACUUGUUUUUAGCGACGUCUUGGAAGCAAUGAUAAAUGCGCUCACACCAAAAGGAAAAGAACAGAUUAUUUCUUGUCUCAAAAGAAUCAGCCUUGAGGGAUAUGAAGAGUACCUGAACAUCAAAGGAGCAAACGCCUUCAACAUUGAAGGGCUUCUUGAAGAUAAAUCUCAACACUGUGACUCCACUGAUGAUUUUAGACAUGAUGUAUCUGUGCCUUCACAUCUGUUUCUGCAUGGUACAAAAACCAGCGCCAAUGAGCUUGUUUUUAGCUACAUCUUGGGAGCAAUUAUAAAUGCGCUCACACCAAAACGGAAAAAAAAGAUUAUUUCUUGUCUCAAAAGCCUUGUGUCACCGGAAGAAUACCUGUACAGAAAAGGACCAAGAACCCCGAAAACUGAAGGGCAUCUUGAAGAUAAUCAACACUGUGAUAGCACCAAGGGUUCAUGUCAGAAGCCUACAACUAAUGCUGCCUUUGCAUCCUCGACCAGCAAGAAAUCUAAGUAUUCCUAUAAUGGCUUUGAAGAUAUAUGUGAACAUUUUUAUCCGAGCAGGUUGAUUCAGGAUGUUUUACCAGAAGGGCUUCUUCUUGCUCAAAGUAUUUACUGUGCAAAAACUGCAUUGGCAUUCUACAAUAAUGAGCAUGGUACAAAAUAUAAGCUUGUGGAACCCCUGUCUAGCGGUCGGCUUGUGGAAUGUGGAAUGAGGUUUCACUGCAACUUCACUGCUGCCAAGCUUAAAAGGGAUGGUUCUCGUACUGCUCAACCAAAGCUCUUCUUCGCUAACUUUGAGUCUUUCAAUAAGAAAAUCCGUAAUAUAUGGUGCUGCAUCAUUGACCCUGCUAAAGCAUAUUUCAUGUGCUGUGAGGAUUGCCCCCCAGAUCUUGCGCACAGUGAGCAUGGAUAUCAUAAUAUGAUGUACUCGCUGGCAGUGAAGUAUGCAAGGCCAAAGGUAUUUGAGGCUAGAAAAAACGGAUUCUACGCAGAAAUGGCUUUGGAUAUUUUUAACAAGAAGCAUGGCACAAUGUAUAAGCUGGUAAAACCUUUGAAAAGCAAUAUUGUUCCGAUAAGUUUCGGUGUUUACAAGUUCCACUGCAACUUUAAGGCCAAGCUCGAGGACCCCACAGGAAGUUCUGUUGAUGCUUCUCCAAAGCUUUUUUUUGGCGCUAUUGUGAAGUCUAUUCUCUUCAGUAAGGGGGAGGGGGACUGUUACAUUUUGGAUGCUACGGAAGGUCUGGAUGAUCACUGCUCAAUUUGCCGACAGGGUAUCCUUCAUCCUGCCGAUUAUACAACUCCGACUCCGGCCACUCCUCGUGGUUGUAUGUGAUACAUGCAAUGUGGAGAACUUCUUCCCUCUUCUGCUGAUGUGAAGCUAGUGUUAAUGUUGGAUCUGCUGGUAUUUAUAAUCUUAUGUGUUUUAGUGUAAAUAACUGACCUGAAAGUUGAAACUGUGAUCAGAAAUAUGGGUUUGUUUGGCCAAUUUCUGAAAAACAACUUCCGUUUCUUAGAAGAGUUAGAAUUAGAAUCCGAAAUAUGUUUCUACUGAAUGUUUGGCAUUCUACUGAAUGUUUGGCAAUGAACUUAAAAAGUACUUCUAUGAAAUAGAAACAGCUUUACA